AUGUAAUUGGGAUCUUUGGCUGUUGAAUUACAAUAGCGAUGUCAGAUUUUCAUUUUGUGUAUUUUAUUUUCAGAUAUGGCAAACCACCCACAACAAUCUCUGCAGACAGCAUAUUCUGCUGAUAAUGCUGAUGCAAAGUAUGUUUCUGGACUUAGUACCAUUCUUGUUGCCACUAUCGAGGAAGCAAAAGAUAGGAUUUCUCAGAUAGAGUAUAUUUUCUGUAGUAAACUCUUCCCAAACUUCCAGUCUAAUUUUAAGCAAAUAUAUUCUGAGGCAAGAAGCGCUGCUGAAACUUCAUGGAAAGAAAAGGAAAAAGAUCUGCUUCUACAGAUGGAAAAGAUGCAAUUUGAAAAGCAGAAGGUUCUUCAAGAAAACCAAUCCCUGAAAAUGGAGAAUUCAAAGCUGUUGGAUUCUGAAUUGUCCUCAGCUAAUCAUGUUAAGGAGCUUCAAAAUGAGUUGAAACAGAGAACUAGUGAAAUAAACGAUUUAAGGGAAACAAUCCGGAGAUCAUGUAUUCUUCUUGAAACAAGUGCCCCACUUGUUUGCAAGUAUGAGAACCCACAGAGAGAACUUGAAGAUAGAGUUUUCCUGCUAGUGAAAAAACAACAGAGUUCAGAGCUUGAAGUUGGCAGGUUGCAGAUAGAACUCAAGAAUAACUCGAUAGAAGUUGACGGUGGACUAGAGUUGCACAAUAAGCUUGUCCAAUUGGCUCAUUCAAAAACUUCUUCAGCAGCAUAUAAAGAAAAACAACUAAAAGAAUAUGAACAGAAGACAGCCAAACUUCUUGCUGAGCUUGAAACUACACGAAGAAGAGUAGAUGAACUCAACGAGGAGCUUAGAGAGAAGACAGCUGCUGUAGAAAAAGGACAGAAAAUGCAAGAAAAUUUACCAAGUAAAGUUCAGUUGCUGGAUGCAGAAAUCAUGAAGAAUGAUGAUUUGUUGAAUCAAUACAAGAAUGAGAAACAACCACUUAUGACCAAAGUAAAGAAUCUGGAAACUGAUGUUUAUGAUCUGCAGAAAGAACUCAUGAAUAAAAAGUCUGAAGUAGAGGAAGGAAGGAAGUUGCAUGAUCAAUUUCGUCAACAGAUAGAUUUGUAUUCUUUAGAAAGGUCAAAGACAGGGCAGGAGUUGGAAGAGCUUGAGAAGGAGAACAAAAAGGUACUAGCCAAAUUGAGAGAAUCAGAGGAAAAGAUUGAUAAGCUUCAGACAAAUCUGAGAGAGAGAGGCAAGGAUUCCACUAAGGGAAUGGAAUUACAUGGGAAGUUACUUCAUCUGAUUCAAGCAAAAGAAUCUGAGUUGUUGGCUGAGAAGAAGAGAAGAAAGGAUAUGAUUGCUUCUUAUAAAAGUCUGAAAUCACAGUACAACUUUCUAUGUGCAAGAUAUGGUCUUACUUCAGAGAACAUGCACCUACAAAGCAAAUUAUUAGAACACAGUGCAUUACAGACUGACCAGAGUCCUCUAACUUCACGUGAGGUUGAAAAUAAAGUUCCUCAGGCUUCUGGUUUUGCCUGCAAAGUAAUUAAGCAAGAAGACAAACAGGAAGUCCUGGACGAUGACCAAGGAGCUAGCCUGAUCCCAAGAUCCAACUCCAUCUCACCUCCAACUUCAAGUGCUUUUGUUGCACCUAACAUUCCAGCCAAUGUCAAAUCUUGCCCAACAGCUGGUACAAAGCGUCCUCUUUCUUAUUGGAGGGAUACCAGAUCGCAUCAGAGUCGAGUUGGACCUGAUCCUCAUGAUGAGUUUCUCGAUACUCCCCUGGAGAAUAUCAGAGGAAACUUAGGAAAGGUGAUGAAGGAUGAGGUUCAGAAUCACGCGAAUCCAAAUUCAAAAGACAAAAAAAUUGAAGACUCAGAUGAUGAGACUCAGGACAUGAAUAUUGAUAAUGACCCUAAAAAGCAGGAAAUGCUGCCUCCGGCCAGGUCUGGUGCGACAGGCUACAAAUACAUUGAACCUGUGAGAAAGAAAGCUGAACGAGAAAAUUUAAAAGGGGUCGAAUGCCUGCAAUGUAAAAAGUUUUAUGAUGCUGUUCUUCCUGGUGAAGAUAAGGAGUCCAAUGGUAAUAGGCAAAACCUACGGUGUGAGCAUCAUGAUGGAGUUUCAAGGCAUCGAUACAGAUAUGCACCUCCUUUAACUCCUGAAGGAUUUUGGAAUAUUGGGUUUGAAUCUGAAAUGUGAGCUCCUUGGAAAGAAUUCUUUUCAGGCCAUCCACAGUAGAAAUUUGUGAUCUAGUGAAACUCUUUCUGCAAUUCUUUUGUAACCAUAAAGAGACUGAUGCAAGGCUAGUGCAAAACCUACAUAGGUUUC